GUGACCAUGCCUGCCCUCGGCCCAGCUCUUCUCCAGGCACUCUGGGCUGGGUGGGUCCUUGCCCUCCAGCCCUCUCCACCGGCUGCCUUUACUCCUAACGGAACACAUCUGCAGCAUCUGGCACAGGACCCCGUCUCAGGCACCCUCUACCUUGGGGCCACCAACUUCCUGUUCCAGCUGAGCCCGGAACUGCAGCUGGAAGCCACCGUUUCCACUGGCCCUGUACUGGACAGCAGGGACUGCCUGCCACCCGUGCUGCCCGAUGAAUGUCCCCAGGCCCAGCCCACCAACAACCCGAACCAGCUACUCCUGGUGAGCCCAGGGGCCCUGGUGGUGUGCGGGAGUGUGCACCAGGGGGUCUGCGAGCAGCGGCGCCUCGGGCAGCUCAGCCAGCUGCUGCUGCGGCCGGAGCGGCCUGGGGAUACCCAGUAUGUGGCUGCCAAUGACCCUGCAGUCAGCACAGUGGGGUUGGUGGCCCAUGGCCUGGCUGGGGAGCCCCUCCUCUUUGUGGGGAGGGGCUAUACCAGCAGGGGUGUGGGGGGUGGCAUCCCACCCAUCACGACCCGGGCCCUGCAGCCACCAGACCCCCAGGCCGCCUUCUCCUACGAGGAGACGGCCAAGCUGGCGGUGGGCCGCCUCUCGGAGUACAGCCACCAUUUUGUGAGCGCUUUUGCACGUGGAGCCAGUGCCUACUUCCUGUUCCUGCGGAGGGACCUGCAGGCUCAAUCCAGAGCCUUCCGCACCUAUGUGUCCCGUGUGUGCCUCCGGGACCAGCACUACUACUCUUACGUGGAGCUGCCCCUGGCCUGCCAGGGUGGCCGCUAUGGGCUGGUCCAGGCUGCGGCCGUGGCCAUGUCCAGAGAGGUGGCCCGUGGGGAAGUGCUCUUUGCAGCCUUUUCCUCGGCCGCUCCUCCUGCCGUGGGCCGACCCCCUUUGGCAGCUGCUGGGGCAUCGGGAGCCUCGGCCCUCUGUGCUUUCCCUCUGGAUGAGGUGGAUCGACUUGCCAAUCGCACGCGAGAUUCUUGCUACACCCGGGAGGGGCGCGCUGAGGAUGGGGCCGAGGUGGCCUAUAUCGAGUAUGAUGUGAAUUCCGACUGUGCACAGCUGCCUGUGGACACCCUGGAAGCCUACCCCUGCGGCUCAGACCACACGCCCAGCCCCAUGGCCAGCCGCGUCCCACUGGAAGCCACGCCAGUGCUGGAGUGGCCCGGGGUGCAGCUAACCGCUGUGGCUGUCACCAUGGAGGAUGGACACACCGUCGCUUUCCUGGGUGACAGUCAAGGGCAACUGCAUAGGGUGUACUUGGGCCUGGGGAGCAACGGCCACCCGUACUCCACACAGAGCAUCCAGCAGGGGUCUGCAGUCAGCAGGGACCUCACCUUUGAUGGGGCAUUCGAGCACCUGUAUGUCAUGACCCAGAGCAUGCUUCUCAGAGUCCCCGUGGCGUCCUGUGCCGAGCACCUGGACUGUGCAUCUUGCCUUGCUCACAGGGACCCAUACUGUGGGUGGUGUGUGCUCCUUGGCCGGUGCAGUCGCCGUGCCGAGUGCUCGCGGAGCCAGGGCCCAGAGCGGUGGCUGUGGAGCUUCCAGCCGGAGCCGGGCUGUCUGCAAGUGGCAGCCCUCAGUCCUUCCAGCAUCAGCCGAGAGGAGAGGAGGGAGAUUUUCCUGUCGGUCCCAGACCUGCCACCGCUGCAGCCGGGGGAGUCGUAUUCCUGCCACUUUGGAGAACACGAGAGUCCAGCCCUGCUGACUGGUUCUGGGGUGAUGUGCCCCUCCCCAGACCCUAGAGAUGCCCCAGCGCUGCAGAGAGGAGCCGACCACGUCUCCGUGACUGUGGAGCUCAGGUUUGGUGCCAUCUUGAUCACCCAGGCUGCCCUCUCCUUCUAUGACUGCGCGGCGCUCACUGAGCUCCACCCGUCUGCGCCGUGCCAGGCCUGCGUGAGCAGCAACUGGGGGUGCCACUGGUGUGUGUGGCAGCACCUGUGCACGCACAAGACCUCCUGUGACGCUGGGCCCAUGGUGGUGAGCCAACAGAGCCCGCUGCUCUCCCCAGCCCCUCCUGCAGGAAGUGCACCUACUCCCUCCCCACCCAUGGCCCCCUCAGCCACAGUCAGCCCUGCUCCCAACACCCUUCCCAUGGAGCCCGGAGCUCCUGCCACAGCCACAGCCUCACACAUCUCGCCUGGGGCCAGGCCUUCCCUGUUCAGCCCUGGGGUGCCUGCCCGCACCUCCACAGAGCCACCUCUCCAGGAGGAGCAUCCCCCGCCAAGCCCCCCCAGCAGGCCUGUUCCUGCCCCCACUGUCCCUGGAGCCACACCUGAGAACCUCUCGGCCUCUGACCCAUCACCCUCAGAUGCAGCAGCGCUGCCCCCUGCCCUGGCAGACCCUGGCCCUGAAGCCCUCCCCUCUGUAGUACCCCUGGACCAGCCCCCCGGCACUGCUCCCACCACCACUUUCCCAGGGGCCGCUGGCUCCACGAAGCCCGCUCUGGACUGGCUAAUGAGAGAAGGCGGCGAGCUGCCCGAGGCGGACGAAUGGACGGGGGGUGACGUGCCCGCCUUCUCCACUUCCACCCUCCUCUCAGGUGAUGGAGACUCGGCUGAGCACGAGGGUCCUCCCGCCCCCCUCAUCCUCCUGUCCAGCUUCGACUACCAGUACGACACCCCCGGGCUCUGGGAGCUGGAGGAGGUGAACCGGGGGCCGAGCGCCUGCCCCUGUGUGGAGAGUGUUCAGGGCUCCGUGCUGAGGCCGGUCCACGUGAAGCGAGAAGUCCGGCUGCUCGGCAGGAACCUGCGCCUUUUCCAGGACAGCCCAGGAGAGAACGAGUGUGUGAUGGAGCUGGAGGGCCACGAGGUGGUGGUUGAAGCCUGGGUGGAGUGUGCGCCGCCUCCGGACACCCAGUGCCGUGUCACCUGCCAGCAGCACCAGCUCAGCUACGAGGCUCUGCAGCCUGAGCUCCGCGUGGGGCUGUUUCUGCGCCGAGCCGGCCGCCUGCGUGUGGACAGUGCUGAUGGGCUGCACGUGGUCCUGUAUGACUGUUCUGUGGGACACGGGGACUGCAGCCGCUGCCAAACCGCCAUGCCCCAGUACGGCUGCGUGUGGUGUGAGGGCGAGCGUCCGCGUUGCAUGGCCCAGGAGGCCUGUGGCAAGGCUGCGGCUGUGGCCACCCAGUGCCCUGCGCCCCUCAUCCACUCGGUGGAGCCACUGACCGGGCCUGUGGACGGACGCACCCGGAUCACCAUCAGGGGCUCUAACCUGGGCCAGCACGUGCAAGAUGUGCUGGAUACAGUCAGGGUGGCCGGAGUGCCCUGUGCUGUGGAUGCCCAGGAGUAUGAGGUAUCCAGCAGCCUCGUGUGCAUCACUGGGGCCAGCAGGGAGGAGACGGCAGGUCCUGCGACGGUGGAGGUGCCGGGGAGAGGACGCGGUGUCUCAGAGAACCACUUUGCCUACCAGGACCCAGAGGUAAAUUCCAUCUUCCCAACCCGUGGCCCCAGAGCUGGAGGCACCAGCCUCACCCUGCGUGGCUCUAAGCUUCUGACUGGGCGGCAGGAGGACAUCCGAGUUGUGGUUGGAGACCAGCCUUGUCAUCUGCUGCCAGAGCAGCAGUCGGAGCAGCUGCGGUGUGAGACCAGCCCCCGCCCCGCGCCUGCCAUGCUGCGUGUGGCCGUGUGGUUUGGAGCCACUGAGCGGAGGCUCCGACAAGGCUGGUUCGAGUACACGCUGGACCCCAACAUCACAUCUGCUGGCCCCGCCAAGAGCUUCCUCAGUGGAGGACGUGAGAUACGGGUCCAUGGCCAGAAUCUGGAUGUGGUACAGACACCAAGAAUCCGAGUGACAGUGAUGCCAAGGGCGAUGCAGCCCGGCCAGGGGCUUGGGCGGAGGCGCCGUGUGAUCCCUGAGACAGCGUGCUCCCCGGGAGCCUCCUGUGGUGGUCAUCACUCUGAGGAGCUGUGCCACACGAACUCCUCCCAGCUCAUCACGUGCCACUCGCCUGCCCUCCCCGGCCUGCCUGGGGGCUCUUGGGUCCAGGUGGACUUUGUCCUCGACAACCUGGUCUUUGACUUUGCAACACUGAACCCCACACCCUUUUCUUAUGAGGCUGACCCCAUCCUGCAGCCCCUCAACCCCGACGACCCCAGCAUGCCGUUCCGGCACAAGCCAGGGAGUGUGCUUUCUGUGGAGGGAGAGAAUCUGGACCUUGCGAUGUCCAAGGAGGAGGUGGUGGCCAUGAUUGGGGACGGUCCCUGUGUGGUGAAGACGCUGACCCGGCACCACCUGUACUGCGAGCCCCCUGUGGAGCAGCCCCUGCCACGGCACCACGCCCUCCGGGAGGCACCUGACGCUUUGCCCGAGUUCACGGUGCAGAUGGGGAACCUGCGCUUCUCCCUGGGUCGUGUGCAGUAUGAUGGCGAGAGCCCUGUGGCCUUUCCUGUGGCAGCCCAGGUGGGCCUGGGGGUGGGCACCUCUCUUCUGGCUCUGGGUGUCCUCAUCAUUGUCCUCAUGUACAGGAGGAAGAGCAAACAGGCCCUGAAGGACUAUAAGAAGGUUCAGAUCCAGUUGGAGAAUCUGGAGAGCAGCGUGCGGGACCGCUGCAAGAAAGAGUUCACAGACCUCAUGACUGAGAUGACCGAUCUCACCAGUGACCUUCUGGGCAGCGGCAUCCCCUUCCUCGACUACAAGGUAUAUGCCGAGAGGGUCUUUUUCCCCGGGCACCAGGAGUCGCCCUUGCACCGGGACCUGGGUGUACCAGAGAGCAGGCGGCCCACAGUGGAACAAGGGCUGGGGCAGCUCUCCAACCUGCUCAACAGCAAGCUUUUCCUCACCAAGUUCAUCCACACACUGGAGAGUCAGCGCACCUUCUCAGCUCGGGACCGGGCCUACGUGGCAUCUCUGCUCACCGUGGCUCUGCAUGGGAAGCUCGAGUACUUCACUGACAUCCUCCGCACCCUGCUCAGUGACCUGGUGGCUCAGUACGUGGCCAAGAACCCCAAGCUGAUGCUGCGCAGGACAGAGACUGUGGUGGAGAAGCUGCUCACCAACUGGAUGUCCAUCUGCCUCUACGCCUUUGUGAGGGACUCGGUCGGGGAGCCCCUAUACAUGCUCUUCCGGGGAAUUAAGCAUCAAGUGGACAAGGGGCCGGUGGACAGCGUGACUGGCAAAGCCAAAUACACCCUGAAUGACAACCGCCUGCUCCGAGAGGAUGUGGAAUACCGUCCCCUGACCUUGAACGCAAUAUUGGCUGUGGGGCCUGGAGCGGCAGAGGCCCAGGGAGUGCCCGUGAAGGUCUUGGACUGUGAUACCAUCUCCCAGGCCAAGGAGAAGAUGCUGGACCAGCUUUAUAAAGGAGUGCCUCUCGCCCAGCGGCCAGACCCCCGCACCCUGGAUGUCGAGUGGAGGUCUGGGGUGGCCGGGCACCUCAUUCUUUCAGACGAAGAUGUCACUUCCGAGGUCCAGGGUCUCUGGAGGCGCCUGAACACCCUGCAGCAUUACAAGGUCCCAGAUGGAGCAACCGUGGCCCUCGUUCCCUGCCUCACCAAACACGUUCUCCGGGAAAACCAGGAUUACGUCCCUGGAGAGAGGACCCCAAUGCUGGAGGAUGUGGACGAGGGGGGCAUCCGGCCCUGGCACCUGGUGAAGCCAACCGAGGAGCCGGAGCCACCCAGGCCUCGGCGGGGCAGCCUGCGGGGCGGGGAGCGUGAGCGAGCCAAGGCCAUCCCCGAGAUCUACCUGACCCGCCUGCUGUCCAUGAAGGGCACCCUGCAGAAGUUUGUGGACGACCUGUUCCAAGUGAUUCUCAGCACCAGCCGCCCCGUGCCACUUGCUGUUAAGUACUUCUUUGAUCUGCUGGACGAGCAGGCCCAGCAGCACGGCAUCUCCGACCAGGACACUGUCCAUAUCUGGAAAACCAACAGCUUACCACUGAGGUUCUGGAUCAACAUAAUCAAAAACCCGCAGUUUGUGUUAGACGUGCAGACAUCUGACAACAUGGACGCGGUGCUCCUUGUCAUUGCCCAGACCUUCAUGGAUGCCUGCACCCUGGCUGAUCACAAGCUGGGCCGGGACUCCCCUAUCAACAAACUUCUGUACGCCCGGGAUAUUCCCCGUUACAAACGGAUGGUGGAAAGGUACUACGCAGACAUCAGACAGACCAUCCCGGCCAGUGAUCAAGAGAUGAACUCCGUCUUGGCCGAGCUGUCCCGGAACUGCUCUGGAGACCUUGGGGCACGAGUGGCCCUGCACGAACUCUACAAGUAUAUCAACAAAUACUAUGACCAGAUCAUCACUGCCCUGGAAGAAGAUGGCACGGCCCAGAAGAUGCAGCUGGGCUAUCGGCUCCAGCAGAUUGCAGCUGCUGUGGAAAACAAGGUCACGGAUCUGUAGGGACCUGAUGAGCCCUGGUCUGCUCUGGCCUCUCAACCCCACCUGGGCAGCCCUGGAACCACGAGAGACCACCUUCUUAGAUGCCUGUAGUGACUGACAAGUGGAGUUAGAGGAAGGUGGGCUCCUGGCCUCCUGGUGGCUCUGCCUGGCACCCUGAGGCUCACCAAGUGGUGCCCAGCCUGCUCCCCGAGCCCAGUGACCCUGUGGGCUACUUCCUAUGUGACGCCUAUCUGUGGGAACUCAAAGACCAAGGGCUUCCUGAGUGGCCAGAAGGGCCUCUAGUCUCCUGGGGACACUGUACUGUUUCUGAACACCGGCCAUCAGCCCACUGGGCUUCAGAGAGGAAGGAGAGAGCCCCACACUCCUUGCCCCGGCCUCCCUCCUCCAUCAUCCUUGACCUCAGUUUAGCUGCCUCUGGCCUUGUUGCUGCUGCCACAUUCCUAGGUCCGAGAGAUGGAUGCCUUUCCUAGGCCGCUGCAAACUGACCCAUCAGCCAGGCUGGCUGCCUCCAGGCCUCCUGCCUCACAGGCAGCCAGUGGUGAGGGGCUCCUGCUGCAGGGGGCUUUGGGGAGAGUGGUGGCCCCACUGACCCAGCUCUUCAAUAAAGGAUAACAUGCCA